AGUUAUCAAAGGCAUAAACAAAAAAGCGAAGAUAAAUUAAAAACAGUCUGUUGAAAAACAUUUCUUCCACUUUUUCAAGAUGUCGAAAGCGGAAAGUCAAAAACAAAUUGCCCAAAAAAACUGGGAAUUAACGAAUAAAGUUGAAGUCAUCAAUACAGUAGAUGAAAUUUAUCGUUAUGACAAAAAACAGCAACAAGAUAUUUUGGCUGCUAAGCCAUGGGAUAAAGAUCCUCACUUCUUCAAAGAUAUCAAGAUAUCUGCUUUAGCCCUUCUGAAAAUGGUUAUGCAUGCUAGAUCAGGGGGCACGUUAGAAGUUAUGGGUCUGAUUUUGGGAAAGGUUGAUGGAAAUACAAUGAUUGUUAUGGAUUCCUUUGCGUUACCUGUCGAAGGUACUGAAACCAGGGUGAAUGCUCAAGCUCAAGCCUAUGAAUAUAUGAGUUCCUACAUUGAUGCUGCAAAAUUAGUUAAAAGGCACGAAAAUGCUAUUGGAUGGUACCACAGUCACCCUGGAUAUGGCUGCUGGCUAUCAGGAAUAGAUGUGAGCACACAGAUGCUAAAUCAGAACUUUCAAGAGCCUUUUGUAGCUAUUGUAAUUGAUCCAGUUAGAACUAUAUCUGCUGGAAAAGUUUGUCUUGGGGCUUUCAGAACUUAUCCCAAGGGAUACAAACCACCAAAUGAAGAACCAUCUGAAUACCAGACAAUCCCCCUGAACAAAAUUGAGGAUUUUGGUGUUCACUGUAAACAGUACUAUUCCUUGGAAGUGUCAUACUUCAAAUCUGCCUUAGAUAGAAGAUUACUUGAUUCAUUAUGGAAUAAGUAUUGGGUUAAUACUCUGAGUUCAUCUUCUCUCAUAACUAAUGCAGAUUAUACUACUGGACAAAUAUAUGAUUUGUCAGAGAAACUUGAACAAAGUGAAGCGGCUAUAGGACGUGGCAGUUUUAUGGUUGGAGGAAAUGAUCCCCAUGAGAAGAGAACUGAAGAUAAGUUAUCAAAGGCAACAAAAGACAGCUGCAAAACUACAAUAGAAAUAAUUCAUGGCCUGAUGGCUCAGAAGAUCAAGGAUAGACUAUUCAAUAGUACUUCCCUUAAUGUGUGUUCUCCAAACAAUAAUUAAAUUUGUAUAAUUAUU